UGCAAAUGAUAAGUCACCAGAGUGUCAAGAUUAUACUCAUGAUGGUGACAAAGAAAUUUUAUCUGAUGGUUGUAGGACUCCAGUGAAUCAAAUAAAAUCUGAUAAACUACUCAGAGCUGCUACUGAAAGUCUUGCAAAAAUUAAAGAAUUCUUUUGA